AUGUCCCCAUCACCAAACGCAGAAUACACAAUUGUAGUUUUCGGAGCUGGUGGCGUAGGGAAAUCUGCUCUAACUAUUCAAUUUGUACAAGGCCAGUUUGUUAAGGACUAUAAUCCCACAAUCGAAGAUGCAUACAAUAAGCGAUUUAGCGUAGAUGGAAGAAUUAUUCAAUUAAAUAUCACAGAUACUGCUGGACAAGAAGAUUUCGCUGCUAUGAGAACCACUUACAUGAGAACAGGAGAAGGUUUUAUUUUAGUAUAUUCCAUUGAAGACCGUUUUUCAUUUGAGGAAGUGGAGAGGUUUUACAAAGAACUGAUCAGAAGCAAAGGUACAGAAAAAUUUACUUGUGUUUUGUGUGGAAACAAAAGUGAUUUAGAAGGUUCAAGAAAAGUUUCUAAAGAUGAAGGUCAGGAACUUGCUAACAAAUUGAACUGCAAAUUUUUCGAAACAUCUGCAAGGAAUGGUCAUAAUAUUAAUGAAACGUUUCAAUACUUGUCUAGAGAAUACUUUAAGAUCCAUGGUGUACCGCAGCCACUAGAUUCUUCAAGUAAGAAAGAGCCUAAUUGUUCAUGUUUGCUUUUAUAA